GUCAUCGGUGUCCAGGCUCUAGUCGCAGGGUAUAAAUAGAAGCCCGCUGCCCAGAUUUAUAGCCAGAACGCAAAAGAUCCGCACGGAACCAGAACCACAACGAGAAUUCAAACAAUAUGCGAGCUCCAAUCAUAGUGUUCCUCGCCUUGCUGCUGGGCAAUUGCCUGGACUUGGGCAACGGUUUGCUCUUCAAGAAGCUGAAAGCACUCAAAGGUCUGAAGAGUGGUUACAGCUCUGGCAAUGGUGGUUAUGGCUACAAUUCGAACGUGGGAUAUGGAGGAUAUGGUGGAUAUGGUGUAUAUAAAGGAUAUGGCGGAUAUAAUGGCUAUGGCAACAGCUAUAGCAGCGGCUACGGCGGUGGCUACGGCGCAGGCUAUAGCAGCGGUUAUGGCAGCGGCUACGGCGGUGGCUACGGCGGUGGCUAUGGCGGUGGCUAUGGCAGCGGCUAUGGCAAAGGCUACGGCUAUGCCAGUGGCUAUGGAUAUGCGCAGCAGUCCUACAGGCCAAAAAAUCGGCAACGUACCGGACGCACCUACUCACAGAUAGCCAGAGUCCUAAGGCCAGACCCGUAUCUAGGGCUAGGCGCGGGCCGCUAUCUACCGCGCGCUCCUUACUCACAUUUGUGGGGCUGACUAAUUUAAUACGAAAUUUGUGUAAAGCUCAAAAAUAAACCUGUGAAAGUUACAUAUGAUAUAAUAAACUUUAAGUACACCACAAGUUGUUACGUGCUUCUAUGUGAGACAAUUUUAA